AACACCACGUACGAAUACGAUACGCCUGUUUUAGUCAAUGAAAUUGUUCUUCUGAGGUUUUAGUACAAUGUAUUUUCAGGUUGUCACAUUAAAAACGUAUACGAAUUUUAUAGUGAAUAAUUUUGUUAUUAACAUUCAUCUGCCGUAAUAAAAAUAUAUUAUACAAUCCAGUGUAUUGUAAACAUUUAUCAUUAUGACUUCACAAGCAUUGGCGUCAUUGACUGCGACGUACACAGACUCCGAGGGCGAAGAAGACAUCGUUGAGGAUGAGCAGACGCCCGAAAAAGAGGAGCCUAAAGCUCUCUCAGCUCCAGCCAGCCCAAAAAAGAUGGAAGAAGGCAACAAACCAGCAUCUGCACCAGUAUCGCCUAAGAGAAGACUUGUGUCUUACGUAGACGACACGAUCGUCUCAGACGAAGAGCCAAUGUCUCCAACAGCGGAAAAUCAAGAUGACAUGCGGCGCCUCUCGAUGGAGACCGACACGGACGAGGCGGUGCCGCGCUCGGACCCCGAUGACUCCCAGGACGGCGUCGCGAUCCCGCCCGAGCCGCCCGGCAAGUGCCCGAAAGAACUACAAGACAACAUUGCCAAAUUUUAUAGCCGAAUGCUGAAUGAAGGACUGGAUAUGAAUAGGCUCAUACAAGACAAGAAGAACUUUAGAAACCCUAGUAUAUAUGAGAAGUUAAUUCAAUUCUGUGACAUUAAUGAGUUAGACACUAAUUAUCCUCCAGAAAUAUAUGACCCUUUGAAGUGGGGGAAGGAGUCCUACUAUGAUGAGUUGGCCAGAGUACAGAAGAUUGAAAUGGACAGGCGGGAGAAGGAAAGGAAGGAGAAAAUGUCAAAGAUAGACUUUGUGACGGGAGUUGUGAAGAAGUCUGAGAGUGAUGAUGAGAAGAAGCGGAAAUCAAAAUGGGACCAGGCAGCUCCAAAUGUGGGUGCCAAGCCCAGCAUCAAGCAGCCGGGGCUGGUGCAGCAGCCCCUUACUUCCAACGUCACAGGCACAAAAGGCACAAUCAUUUCUGCUUUUGGUUCAUUACCAAAAAAACCUAAGAUUUGACUAUAAGACAAUUAAAAUUGGACUUCAUGAAGGUGUGCAACACUUGUUGGCAUGGUUAUUGUAAAUAAAAACUUUUUGAAAAACUUAAAACUGUUAUUAUGAUGUAUAUUAGCUUUGUAUUUGUUCAUCUCAAGCAAUACUCUCGCAUUUAUGAGUAUAAAGUAUAGUGAUUAUUGUACAAUAUAGCUGUAAAAAUUUUAAUGACAAAGUUAGUAUAAGUCAUAAAGUUGGUAAGUCUGGAAGUAAUACCAUCCAAGUCCAUGAAACACUUGUUAAUUGUGCAUUAGGUAAAAUGCAUGAUUUCCAAUGCUCAUAUUACCAUGGACUUUGAUUAUAUGUAAUAAAAUAAUGAUUUUUUA